AUGACACCCUAUUACGCGCGAGAGCGGCCCCGUUGCCCCGGCAACCAGAGGGCGAAUGUGUUCCACGAGGCCUUCCAUGAUCUCUUGCCUUUCGGUUUUGUGGCUCGGCGCUGGGGCAUGCAGAAGAACCGACCGGCGAUGAACUACGACAAACUGAGCCGGUCCCUCCGUUACUACUACGAGAAAGGCAUCAUGCAGAAAGUGGCGGGAGAAAGAUACGUCUACAAGUUCGUCUGUGACCCGGAAGCACUCUUCACCAUGGCCUUCCCCGACAACCAUCGACCACUGCUUAAGACGGACAGCGGCGCCUCCAAAGACGAUCUCUUCAAGACCAGCCCACAGACCUCUGCUGUCGUGCCGCCGGAAACGCAACCCCUUGCGCUGACGUCAUCUCCGCCCUCAGGCCACGCCCACCCCGGGAUGGCGGGGUCUCCGACGAUGCGCGGGGCGUUCACUAUGUCGUCCGCGCCCGGCGCGCACCAUCCUGCACACAUGCCGCACGGCGCGGGACCACCCAUGAGCGCGGAGCAGCAUCGGUUACAAUACGUGCAGGAGUUUCAGCGGAUGUAUGGGGCGGGUCCUUAUAUGGAGGGGUGUGUCUACUGA